GCUCUUGUCUUCCCGUUGCAGCCCCAAAAAAAAAAAAAAAAAAAAGGGGAACCCAGCCAUGCCUUGAGGAAACCGGUAGAAAGCUUGGUUUUUGGCCUUAUUUUCUUGCUCUAGAACCUGAUUGGAACCCAGAAAUUCUCCCCCGGCAGGAAGCUUUCGGAUCUGCCUUGCUCUGCUCCUCACCGUCUGGCUGCUCCUGCUUUGUGGGUGUGAUUUGUUCGGUUUUUUGGUAAGAAAUAGCCAUGAAUCUCCCUUCUUCAGCUUUAAUUGCCUUGGGUUUGCCUUAAUUGCUCUUAUUUCCUUCAAUUUUUGGGUAGUUCCGUGAGUUUUCCCUGCAGCUUGCCGCCGGCCUUCUCCCCCCUGCUAGGCCCGGUUCUGCUAGCUGCAAAUUCUGGUUCCCGAUCGUCCUGUCAGUUUAGUACGUGAAUUGAGUGCUCGGUUUUAUGGAGUGAAUUCUCGGUUUUAUGCAAGUGAGGUAAGUAAUUUAUGGUAAUGCCCGUAUUGUUUUAAAAGCAUGUUUUGAUUUGUUUUUGAAGUGGUGGCGGGACUAAACCCGUUUUACACGAGCAUGACUGAUUUGAAGUGAAAUGUUUUAUGCUUUUCAUUAAAUUGAGCAUGCCUAUUUGAAAGUUUAAAUGACUAUCCUGAUGAUUUGAAAGUGAUUGUGAAUCGUGAUUUUCCUGUUAACUUCUGCCUGUUUUGUCUCCGAUGUGGUCAUGUUAUUCGUGUGCACGCUAGUGGGAGGUUUAUAAACGCUAGCACAUGUCGACAUGUUCGUGAUAGAACCGGUUCGCUCGUGGCCCUACUAGUGGGGAUUAUACGCUAGUAACUCGUGUGCCCGCCAGUGGGAGGUUUAUAAACGCUGGCCAUGACCUAUAAAGGAGACAUCUAUUUCGUGCCCGUACUGUACCUGUUUUCGUGCUUGUACUUGUUGGCAUGCUUUAAGUUUGAUAAGGGGCACUCCAUAUUUACUUACUGAGUUUAUCUCAUAGUUUUUCCUUGUCCACCAUUUCAGGAAGUGAAACCGAGGACGGGGAAACCACGGGAAGUGACGAGUUAGAAGGCUAGCCAUUUUGUAAAGUGAAUAUAAAUUUUAGAUAUGAAUCAUGAUCUUGUAUUUGGAGAUUUUAUGAUAUUAGAGCAGAUUUUAAAAGUUGAUCUUCAGAUUUUGAUGGUAUCAGAUGUGAUAUGA